UGCGCUAAAAAAACAUAUUUAGCUUGUUAUAGUUUGUUGUGGCCAUGUGACUGCACAACGCCAACAGCAAGAUGAUAACCACAAGGUUUUUGGGUCUUUUUGGAGGGAUGUAGAUUCCGCAGGAUUCCGCAGAUGCGGCAUCAUGAUGCACCAUGCACUUUUGUGCUAAGUUGCUGAUUUCUGCCAAGUACGUUUUUGAUCUUUGAUCCUUUUUGUUGGUUUGUGGAUUGUGACUCGCAUGAUGGUGCAUGUUCUUGAGAGUUGGGCAGAUUUGAGCAACAUUAGACAUUUGGACCUUGAUCAACAAAACAAAGACCGUGAGCCUGUUUGGUUGUGCUCUGCAACAUCUUGGGCUGGUUCUGCACCUUUGCCCUACCCAUGAACUGAUCCAGAGUUUGUGGCAAUUCGCCUGCUAGCGACAGCCACUGUUGCUGAUCUUUUCGCACACCGUUGGCCGGGUGUGGGGCGCAUGCUGGGGUGCCGUCCUAACAUCAGCUGUGCUGGGGACAGGUGUGGCACCUAGUCUUUCUGGCCAACGCGUCCUGAUGCCAGGAUGUAUGACAGCGAGACGAUGCGCUAAGGUGCUCGCUGGGGGCUUCCAGGCUAGUCCUGGCUGGCAUGUUGUGAGGGGAGGCCAAAGAUUGCAGAUGGCAUGGUUGGUGCCCUCGGUGAAAGUCGCGCCCUCCUGCAUUGUGAACUAUGGCAGCUGCGGCCUAGUGUUGGCUAUUGUCUGCCUGUUGCCUCUUUGCGCUAAAAAAACAUAUUUAGCUUGUUAUAGUUUGUUGUGGCCAUGUGACUGCACAACGCCAACAGCAAGAUGAUAACCACAAGGUUUUUGGGUCUUUUUGGAGGGAUGUAGAUUCCGCAGGAUUCCGCAGAUGCGGCAUCAUGAUGCACCAUGCACUUUUGUGCUAAGUUGCUGAUUUCUGCCAAGUACGUUUUUGAUCUUUGAUCCUUUUUGUUGGUUUGUGGAUUGUGACUCGCAUGAUGGUGCAUGUUCUUGAGAGUUGGACAGAUUUGAAGAACAUUAGACAUUUGGAACUUGAUCAACAAGGCAAAGGCAUGCAAAGGCCAUGAGCCUGUUUGGUUGUGCUCUGCAACAUCUUGGGCUGGUUCUGCACCUUUGCCCCACUGAUCGAAGGUUGGAAGAGCCGCCGGCCAGCAAGUCCAAGCAGAAGAGGGCCAAGUCCGGAGGGCCGCAGCUGCCAAACUGCACGUUGACCGAAGACCGGGAACGCGUGGUGAGUGCCGAGCCAAUGAUUCGAGUCAAAACGGGCUCCAAGAGUGCAGAAGUUGCCUAUCACGGCUCCAGGGAUAGGGUUCCAGCCCUGCAGAAGCUUUGUCCUGCGGACGUCCGCCCGCUGGCAAGGAUGCUGAGUCCUGCUUUCAGGCGCUCGGUGCCGUUGCUAUGGUCUCGCACGGCUGUGGCACGUCGUUGCUUCUCGUCCGAGGAGCUUGUCUUGAUGGAGCGGAAAGAUUCGGGGGUCGCAGUGUUGACCUUGAACCGUCCGAAAGCGCUGAAUGCGCUGUCAGAUGGUUUGAUGUCGGCGCUGUUCCAGCGAUUGCAAGAGGUCGAUGCCGACGCUGCACUAAAGGCCGCAGUGGUCACCGGGCAGGGCAAAGCUUUUGCCGCUGGCGCUGACAUCAAGGAGAUGAACUCGAGGAGCAACUACAGCGAUACACGGAAGGACAACAUGUUGGCGCAUUGGUCGGCCAUCACCGGGAUCCGUAAGCCCAUCAUCGCCGCCGUGGGUGGCUUUGCCUUGGGCGGCGGCUGCGAGUUGGCCAUGUCUUGCGAUAUCAUUAUCGCCUCAGAGGCGGCCAAAUUUGGGCAGCCGGAGAUCAAGCUUGGAACCAUUCCAGGUGUUGGUGGCACGCAGCGCUUGAUCCGCGCCGUGGGGAAGUCCAAGGCCAUGGAGCUGAUCUUGACCGGUGAGAUGCUGACGGCCGAGGAGGCUGAGAAGGCUGGCUUGGUGGCGCGUGUGGUGCCCACAGGUUCAGAGGUGGAGGAGGCCAUCAAAAUUGCGGAGAAGAUCGCCAGUUUUUCAGUCCCCGCCGUGCAGUUGGCCAAGGAGUGCGUCAACGCCUCGCAGGAGUUGACAUUGGCGGAAGGCUUGAGGUCCGCCCCACGUCGACGCCGGGAUGUACUCACGGAGGUUUCCACUGCGGCGUUGCUGGCGCCGUUUUCGCCUGUGGCCGUUGUCACGCAGUGCACUUUUGCGGUCCCAGCUGUCAGAAAGGAGGCCACGCUGGAAGAUGAUUGGAAACGGGAAGGGGAAGAUUCCAAGGAUGGACACGGCAUAGGCCUGACUGCUUCCAGGUGGCAGAGACGUGCAGUGGAGGCUCCAGUGGAUCUUUACCAAGCUGAUGGGCUGAAGAUGGGUUCGGCUUCCCCCAAAGCGCGGCCGGCCCCGUCACCGGGGCCACAAAACACCAGCGCCGCCUUGCUGCGCGCCAUGGCGGUCAAAGCCAGCCAGAAGUACGUCCGAGUGUAUCCCAAUGUCGGAGUCCUUCAGGGCGAGAUCGAUGUGGAACUGGCGCCACAGUCGAGUCAGGAGGACAUUUGGGAGGCCUUGCGGCGCGUGCUCUUCCGCGACGGCGCCCCGCAGCGGCGGCCGCUGCGGAUAUUUGGUGCGGCAGACGGACAGGAGGUGUUCAGUGUGCCGGAGUUUUGGAGCCAGGCUUCCAAAGGUGGAGUCGUGGUCUCGGCGAAUCUGCCUUUGCGAGGAGCUAGUCCUCUGAUUGACAGCUUUGCAAGCUGCCAACCGCGGUACGGCAGAACCCUGGUGGGUAGCAGCUGUUGUCGCGUGUCUGCGGACGAUCCGGAGGUUGAAAGCCUUUUGCGGGCCCCGGUUCCUGUGGUGAUUUGCGGCAGCAACAUGGCUGGAGAGGCUCUGGACCGCUGGAGCUUCGAAUAUUUGGAGCGACACCUGGCGGAUGUGGACAAUUUCUUCGUUUUGUGCUCACCCGAAAAUAACCAAGGGCGCUUCAGCUACUAUGACCUUUCAGAGGGCAAGAACCCCUGCGGCUACAAGGUUGUGCCAAACAACAGGCGGGUGGAGAUGCGUUUUCCAGAGUUCCGGCGCAAGGUGGAAGCAGCACGUGGCAAAAAGGGUGACAUGUACUACUUGCAGAACACCUUGCUACACCGAGAGGAGCGUGAAGGUGGAGCACCACGUCCGGUGGGGCGCUUUGGGCAGCAGUGCGGCUGCCAGGACUCCGCUUCCGCUGAGUCCACCGUGGACGAAGCCUGGCGGCUGCUGCGUUGCGCCUGGCACGCCAAGAGGGCGGGAAACGAGGCGUGGGGCCACGGCGGCCACGGCGGCCACAGCGUCGAGGAGGCGGUGAGGAACUACACCGCAGGGCUUCGCUGCGCCGCGCGUGCAGAGCGCUUUGUGGACCUUGAAGCCUUGGAAGAUACAGACAAGUACUGCUUCGACCGAUUUCAAAGUGCCUUGCACAUGGUUGAAGCGGUGCUCCAUCGAAAUCUGAGUCUCACCUCACAUCAUCAAGCAGACUUCACAGCUGCCCUGGAGCAUGCCGAAGAAAGCCUGCGACUGGAACCGCAGAAUGUGAAAUCCAAGUACCGACGAGGCCUAGCGCUGUGGGCUCUCGAUCGAUCAGAGGAAGCACGGAAAGAUCUGAAGGAUGUCUUGGCCAAAGAGCCCAAGAACCUCGAGCUCCGACGUCUCCUCGGUGCCAAGUUGGCCACCGAAGGGGCCGCAGCCCCGGCGACGGCGCAAGCGCAACGCUGUGGCGAGUGUGGACUCUGUGGGCUCGCGGAGGAUGGAGGCGCCGCUUCUCCCGACCCGGCGCUGCUUGCGAAGCUGCGCAAGGGCGGUCGCAGCGCGCUACACUGGGCGCUGGGAGGGGUGGAUCCAGAGACCAGGCGUUUGGGUGCGUGUUCCUAUUGGCGCCUGGAAGCUCUAAUCGACUCUGCGGAAGUUGAUGCACUGGACCCAGACGAAAGGACCCCUUUGCAUUUGGCAGCAGCAAGUGGUCAUUUGGAGGCCGUGAGUUUGUUGAUGGAUGCAUCGGCUUCGGUGGAUCCUUUGGAUCGACAUGGCCGAAGCCCUCUGUACUACGCAGCUGUGGGCAAUCACCGCGAGGUGGUGGCUCUUCUGGUCGACAGAGGCCAUGCGGAUCAAAGCAUCCUCUUCCGCGCGCUGAAGGAGAAGUUUGGCACGCACAACUUCAUGCUGCACGACUGGCCGGAGUACAAUGGCCGAUGGAUGUCGUCUCUAGAGGGACGCAAAGACGACCUUCCCUUGCGACCGGUGGAGCAAAAAGGGCCCAACGCGUUUCGGGGAAGGGUGGCUCGUGAUAUUGACGCCUUCCGCUGGGAUUGGCUGAAGAAAGCCAUGGGGCAGCGAGAGCCGCAGAUGUGUCAGCUUUUCUGUGGCUCGGAAGGCUUCUCUCCUUGUCACUAUGAUCCGCAGGACAACGUGUUCCUUCAAGUGACGGGCUACAAGCGCGUUCUUCUGUUCCAUCCCAGGCACUUUGGCUGCUUGUAUCCCUGGCCCGUACAUCACCCGCAGGACCGGCAGAGCCGCGUCAACUUCGAAGAGCCGGACCUGCGAAGCUUCCCACGCUUUGCGGAGUUGAAUGGCCAGGGGAUUGAAGCCAUCUUGGGACCCGGAGAUCUCUUGCACAUCCCUCCCGGUUGGUGGCACCACGUGGAGAUGUUGCCAUCACCACGCGGAGAGGUUGUGAGCUUCAACUUCUGGUAUCCACCGCCCACUUGGUUCGAUGGCGAUUUGGCAAAGGGCCAGAUCACUUGGGAUAAGCCCCUCUUCGGCGUGCGCCGGACGCUCUUUCAGAGAUGUGUAGAGGAGUUGAUCGCGCAAGUGGCACAGCCUUCCAAGGUCCAUGAAGUUUUGAGAUUGGCCAUCGAGGGUGGUAAAGGUGGUCAGUGGCAGCAGGCGCUGGAACAGCUGGAGACCUUCCUGGGCCCCGUGCUCCGCGACAACGAGCGCCAAAGGCUGCUGAUGGACUUGGUCGAGGGUCGCUUUACCGGCUUGGUGUCGUAA